UACCCUCGAAACACCGAAUCCCUCCCCGCUCCCCCUAGCUCAUAGGGGUUUUUCUCCUGAGCUGCAAUCUUCAAUUCUUCACUCAUUCGCACAGCUAAAACCUCCGGCGGGACUCGAAAGCCAAAAGCUUCAAAAGACCGGUAUCGCCCUCAUCAAAUUGCUUAAUCUCCGGUAAGUCCUCCACCACCUCUUCUCACUCUUCGAAGAUUACACAACUCAAUGAAGUGCUUCUGCUCGAUUCAUUCCGUUUCCCCCAAUUUAGUCCCUCCAGUUUAAUGGGCAUCCUUCAAUUUUUGAAUACAAAGCAUCUAAAUUUAUUUUUGCUUUCAAUUCCUGCUGUAUCGUUGGGUUUAUCGGAUUUGAUAAGUGCUGCAAAGUUGCAGAGAUAAUGGGUACCAGUCAUGAACUGUAUAUAUCUGUUUGGUCCAAGGGUUAUUCGAAAAAUUUCGUGUUAUGUUGUCGUAGUACGAAAGUUAAGUGACGGGUGCUUUCGCGGCGAUAAGGGGGAUAAUGGGUAUGAGUUUGUGGAGGAAACCUUGAAGACAAUGUGGAAAAGUUCGGAAUUUGAUUCGGUUUUGGAUGAGAAACAUGGUGUUUGUGAAUCUGAGAACCGUCCCCGGGAACAUUUCUCGCUGCGACGGAGCUUUUUCAAGAAUGCGAAGAUUGAUACCGCGAGGGUUCUUAAAGUUCUUAGAGAAGAUGGACCUGGUUUUGAUACUAAAGCAGCUUUGGGUGAGUUGCGUAUAGAGGUUUCAGGGCUUCUUGUGAGGGAAGUUCUGUUUGAGAUUUUGAAACAGAUAGAUUAUGGGAGUAAAAUGCGGUGUGCGAAGUUGGGGUAUAAGUUUUUUGUGUGGUCUGGUCAGCUUGAAAAUUACAAGCACACAGCAAACACAUAUCAUUUAAUGAUGAAGAUAUUUGCUGAUUGUGAAGAGUUUAAAGCAAUGUGGAGGUUAGUUGAUGAGAUGAUCGAGAAAGGGUAUCCGACUACAGCACAGACGUUCAACAUUUUGAUACGCACUUGUGAGGCAGGCUUGGCUAGGAAAGUAGUGGAAAGGUUCAUCAAAUCGAAGACGUUUAACUAUAGGCCAUUUAAACACUCGUACAACGCAAUUUUGCAUUCCCUUCUUGUGGUGAAGCAGUACAAGUUGAUUGAGUGGGCCUAUCAACAGAUGUUGGCGGAGGGUCACUCAGCAGAUAUUCUAACUUAUAACGUGAUGAUGUGUGCAAAAUAUAGAUUGGGGAAGUUGGAUCAGUUUCACAGACUGCUUGACGAAAUGGGUAGGAGUGGAUUCACUCCAGAUUUUCAUACUUACAAUAUUCUUCUUCAUGUACUUGGUAAGGGAGACAAACCGCUUGCAGCUCUUAAUCUUUUGAAUCACAUGAAGGAAGAGGGUUUCAAACCAAGUGUUCUUCACUUCACAACGUUGAUAGAUGGACUGAGCAGGGCUGGAAAUAUGGAUGCCUGCAAAUAUUUUUUUGAUGAGAUGACAAAGCACGAGUGCACGCCGGAUGUUGUUUGUUACACUGUAAUGAUCACCGGGUAUAUUGUGGCUGGGGAGCUUGAGAAGGCCCAAGUUGUGUUUGAUGAGAUGAUCCCUAAUGGGCAGCUUCCGAAUGUAUUUACAUACAAUGCCAUGAUUCGUGGACUUUGUAUGGCAAGAAAGUUUGAGGAAGCGUGCUCCGUGCUCAAGGUUAUGGAAUCCAGAGGCUGUAACCCGAAUUUCACUGUGUACAGCACCCUAGUAAGUUAUUUGCGAAAUGCUGGAAAGCUUGCUGAAGCUCAUGAAGUAAUAACACGCAUGAUGGAGAAAGGGCAGUAUACCCAUCUACUUUCAAAGUUCAAGGGAUAUAGGAGAUGUUAAAGUGGUAAAAAUUCUUUGAUUUGCAAUAUUUACUUGCAAUCUCAUAAGAAUAAAUUUAAUGAUUCAGCUCAGUUAACAAUAUGUAGCUCCAAAGUAUCUCAGUUAUGUGUACCCACACCUUGUAUCAGUUGUCUCUUGAGGAGAAAAGUAAAGCAUUCCUUAAUUAUCUUUUUAUCUUAUUUUUCUAGUGCGAAAUGAUCCAUAUAUACAAACAGCAGUUUUUAAG